CUGUGCUUGACGUUCUGUGCGUCAAACGAGGUGUUGUUGGUCGAUCGGUGUUGGGAGAAAAUCCGCAUCUCGAUUCAGGGGAAAAACAAAAAUGUACGGCGGAAAAUCACCCCAGGAGCUGCUUUCCGGCUCGUUUACGAAAUCCUGGCUGCACGACAAGUGGGCCCCGCUGGUGGGUAGCGUGUUCGGAUUCAUCGGCGCUUGCUACGUCAACUAUGGCACCGGCCGUCCAGCGCUCAGCGGCAUUCAAAAGCACAUCGCAGCCGCUCUAGCCGUCGGUGCCGUGGCCACCAUGGCCGACAAGUGGCGUGAUGCUCACUUUGCCGAGAAAGAUGCCACCUUCCGCCACUACAUUCAGCUGCAUCCGGAAGAUUUUCCUACCCCUGAGCGCAAAAAGUAUGCCGAUGUGCUGGAGUACUGGCAACCCAUCCGUUAGGUUUACUUUCUCGUUACAUUGACCCUCGGCCAACGGGAUGCCGGUUUGUUGGUGACUAGUGUGUAGCGUGGAUGUAAAUAAAAAAAGCCCAAUAAUCACUACACAAAGCUA